GGUUGUUGAGCCGCUGUUUUCAAUUGUUUGGGCUGCUGUAACUGGCGCUGUACGGGCGGAGGGGGGCUGAAUCCGGCGGUAGAUCAGUAAUGAGGAGUUUAUUUUAAUUUAUAUGUUUUGUUUUAUUUGGUUUGGUUGUUUUAAAUCGAAGUUUUAGAUGUAGGAUUUAUAAGUACUCCCCGGCUCCAUCUCUCUCAGCGGGCUAUUGGAACUACUCCAACCAGCCAUGGAAGUUGGCACGGUGGUGCUAGAAGAAAUGAAAUUCCGUGGAGUUGAAUUUGCUGUAAAAGUGGAAUUGCAAGACCGAUUACUUACAGUAGAGAUUUCUGAUGUUCUGACGGCGGACCAAUGGAAAGGGGAGUUUGAUCCUGCCUACAUUGAAGACCUCACCCGUAAAACUGGAAAUUUUAAACAGUUCCCCAUAUUCUGCAGCAUGCUGGAGUCUGCAGUCAGUAGGUCUAGUGAGUCGGUGACGCUUGACCUGCUGACGUACUCGGACCUGGAGCUUCUGCGGAACAGGAAGGCAGGUGUUGUGGGCAGGCCUCGGGCCCAGCAGCAGUCCCCGGCUCUCAGUGCUAAACGCUACCUCAUUCUGAUCUACACUGUGGAAUUUGACAGGAUACACUACCCCCUACCGCUCCCAUAUCUUGGUAAACCAGAUCCAGCAGCCCUCCAGAGGGAGAUCAGGGCUCUGAGGGCUGAGCUGAAUGCCUUAGGGAAGAGAGGGGAGCAUAUAGUGACGGAUCAGGAGACCCGCAGACUGCGUGCAGAGUUGUCUCUGGUCAGGGAGGAGAAGGAUGCGUUGGCCAAGGCUCUGGAGCGGCUGCAGAUGGCUGGGGCUGGCCCGACCCCUGGGGCUCGUGGGCUCAGGGAAGCUGUGCGCAGCCUGGAGGAGCAGCUGUUGAGAGAGAGAGCAAAAAGCCAGCGCUCAGCCACCAAAAGAGGACAAGAGCAGCGCCACCUUAUGGAGCAGUUGGAGGAACUCCGGGCGUCUGAGCGAGCUCUCCGGAUACGGGUGAAGAGUCUCACUACGGAGCUCGCCUUGCUGCGUCGAGGCAGGGUCACCCCAGUUGUGCCAGGCCGGAGUGGGUCCAGGGGUGAAGGGGAGUUUCACCGCUCGUCCUCCAGGGAGCGCAGUUUAACUCGAAUAGGGGUGAGAGCUCGCUCAGGGUCCAGGGAGAGGUUGGAGGAUCGAGGCAGGAGGUCAGAGGAGAGAGGCAGGAGGGCGGACUCUAUAGGAACACGCAAUUAUAUAUCAAGACCCUCUCCAUCUCCAACAGGGUCUCGGGGGCGUUUUGACCCGACAGCAUACAUUCAAGAGAGACAACGACGCCAAAGAGAGACAGACCUCAAGAACUUGGGCCUUUCUGUGAGCAGAAAUAUGGUUUUCGUUGAAAGUCAAAGGAAGGUCAGGAGGGACAUGUUGGCAUCGCCAGCUCUGAAUGAAAGGGGGCGUUCACGGUCCAGAGAACCCGUGCCUCAGCUAAUCCGAGCGGGCAGCCUGGGCCGGGGCAGGAGUCUGUCUGUGGAGAGCAGGAGGAGUCGGCACUCUUCUGGAAGCUCUAUAGUAGACUUUGAAGAGCUUGCCAAGCCCCUGAAUGGCAGAGGCCGGAAAAUGGUUUAUAAUGGUCCAACUAUGACUAAAGGAAAACACUUGAACAAAAAGCCAAUGUGUAGCACUCCAACACAAAGAAUGAGAGAAAGUUCCAUGGACACGGGAGCCGACCUCUCAGAAAUCGAUGCUCGUCUCCAGGCCCUGCAGGAGUACAUGAGAGACCUGGACACAGGACACUAACCAUGAUAUUAAUUAAUGUGCUCUUCUUCUAUUUAAUUGCACAGCUCUGCAUCAGCACGAACAAUCACUUCUUUAGCACACUGAUUUAUUCUGACCAAAUGCAGAUGAAAACCUACACAUACAGCUGUUUCAAGGUGAAAGGAAAGAUAAAAGCCUCAAGAGACUUUACUAUCUGAUGCCAUAAUAAGUAUGUACAGUGUGUUUGUCACCCCCUUUAAACUGUGAAACUUGGCCUUGCUAUGCAAAAGACUGUUACCACUUCUUGACUUGAAGGACCUGGGGGUGUCCCAAGAUAUGCCACCAGAGACAUUUUGACAGCUGUUUGUAUGUUGUACUACAGUUUUUUACGAUUUUGUUUGUUUUUUAAAAAUAUUUUUAUAUGAAUUAUAAUUAUUUUUCCCUUUU